AUGCCGUACAACACCCGUCGCAAGUCACUCUCCCUGCCAUCACUGGGGAUACAACUCCCAAAUUCAUCCCGUCGUUCUCCCUCUCUCUCAAAAGCGCACACCGAAGAACACCCAACAAAAAAAGUGAAGAGAUCACACGGAACUUCAUUAUCGCCUGAGCCGGCCGACAAGAUCGCCGCGCGCGCGGGCCGACAUGGAUUAUUCGAGCAUACACCCCCUCCCUCGCCCAUGGACGGGGUGCAUGCGCCCAAGAUCGACACAGAAGGAAUUAAUGAUGAUAUCGUGGUCGCCGUGAUCAACCAACUCGAAAAGACUGGGAAUCGACCCCAUCUCGUGAAGGAACUCGCCGCCGUCUUGGUCGCGUUGAACGUGAAUGUCGCAAACUCUGCCAACCCGGCCGCACUCUUGUCUUCCCGGUUGGCCGCCUAUAUGAAGCGCUCGUGGACGGCUCUGGCGCCGUGCCCGAUUGCCAAGGAGCUUAUCUUAAUUCACCCGCGCAAAGUGUACUACUACCUCACUACGUUCCCUCAUCAAUCCAUUCCCGAGACUGACGAUGUUGUUCCUGCCGUAGAUGGCAAGCGAAUCACACCCAGUGUCUCCAGUCUCGAGGAUGAGGAAGACGCGAUGAUGCGGGAACGUAGCCCCAGUCCCGAAGUGGACUUGUCCUCCCCGGACUUUGAAGAAGAUCUUCACUCCUCUCACGGAACCACCUCAGAGCAUUUCCCUGAUGCCAGUAAUCUCACCCGUCUCAUGCACUCACACCGUGCGGCCUCCCCGCCCCUGGAGGGCGAUGAGAAGGAAUUCACUCAAACCGCCAGCGCUGUGCGUGAGCGUGCAUCUGAAGAGAAAGCCAGCGAGUCCAGCCGGAGCCAGUCGAUUCUCUCUGAGAGCCUGAGCGCCAUGGAAGAUGCGGGUGUUUCCGAGCCCUCUGUAAAUGGGGGUUCGAUGUCCCCCUCUCUUCACGGCGAUGGCAUGUCCGAAGAGGAGUACAGCGACUACUUCUCCCACAUGCCCGCCGACCACAUGGCCCAGGAUGCCGACGAGGCCGCUGCGACCGCCCUCUUCGGCACCUCGCCCUCUCCCUCUCUCACCUCCAUCGCGUCGUCUGUCUCGUCUGGCACGAGUCUGACCGAUGCCGGUAUGGAUCUUGCGCUUGCGGGCAAACCUGCUGCUCCCCAGAUCGCUCUUCCCGAGGAUCCGGAUGCUGCCCCUGUGUCCACUCUCAAGCGUUCCCUGGAUAUGUUGAACAGCGGCCUUCCGGACGUUGAUCUCAAGAUGUCUGAUCUGACGGAAUCACAUGAGCGACUCACACUUACUCCUCGUCCCGUGUCCAUGAGCUCCGAGCCUGUCUUCGACUCGUGGCGGGAACUACAAAACCCCGAGAUGGUGGAAGUCGAUGAACUCGAUGAGAUGUUUGGCGAAAUCUAA